AUGCUAGAACCUCAUAAGAAGUUAAAAGAGCUUUCCAUUAUUGGUUACGGUGGCUUCACAUUCCCAAAUUGGGUUGGGAAUUCUUUGUUCUCCAACAUGGCCUGCUUGAAGUUCCAAAAUUGUGAAAAAUGCACUUCUUUGCCACCUCUGGGGCAGUUACCCUCACUUGCAAAACUCUACAUUCAAGGUUUGAAGACAGUAGGUAAUGUUGGACUUGAGUUCUAUGGGUUGGGUCGCCUAAAUCCUUUUCAUGUUCUAGAGAUUUUAACCUUUGACGACAUGCCCGAAUGGAAAGAGUGGACUCCUUUUGGAGUCGAGGAGGGAGCUCAAGCAUUUGCUCUCCUAUCAGAGCUCUCCAUUAAAAGAUGUCCCAAGCUUUCGCAUGAGUUGCCAAGAAAUCUUCCUCGGUUGAGAAAUCUGGAUAUUGAGGAGUGCCCGAUGUUGGUGGUUGCGUGGAUCCCAAGUCGUACGGAGCUGAAUGAAGAGAGAAAUAUGCUUCACUUUUAUUCACUCGUGUCCUUGCAUCUAAAUGAUGUUUCGAUUGCCAACUCCUUGGGUAGUUCAGAAGUUGGUGAUCAAGCCGGAGAUGCUCUGACUUCCCUCGAAAUGGAAAAUAUUCGGGGUAACACAUGCCUACCCAGUUGGGUUUUCCAAGGGCUGACCAGAAUCCAAGAAUUAUCUCUCCGCGGUUUCGAAGAACUCACAACAUUAUGGGACGACGAGGCAAGACUACAAAACCGUCUGCCUGCCCUCCGACGUCUCACUAUUGAAGGUUGCCCCCAACUUAUUUCCUUGUUUGCCGAAGGAGAAGAAGGAGAUGACCUCAAAUCUCUUCAAGAGCUUUCCAUCUCCCAGUGUCCACGCCUCAUCUCUUUCCCUGUGUUGCCGUCUACGAUGAAAGAGCUGCAGAUUUGUGACUGUGAUGGGCUGGUGUCCCUACCUGAUUUGACGUUGCUGAAUAAUCUUGAGAAGCUGUGCCUUGUUUCCUGUCCAUCCCUCCCGUACUUAAGUUCCGGAAGUGGGCUACCGCCCGCUCUCAAACAACUGACGGUUCAAAGUUGUGCAGAGCUAAAGUCGCUACUAGCAGAGGAGGGGAUUAAGAUCAAUUGUCCAUCGCUUGAAUCUGUUGAGAUUAGUCUCUGUGAGCGCCUCAAAACCCUACCAGAUGUCAUGCAAAAUAAUAAUGGUCUCAAGAAUCUCAGUGAACUGGCGAUAUAUUGGUGUGGUAAUCUGGAGUCCAUUCCGGAAGGAUGGUUUCCCACAACCAAUUUCAGGGAAUUUAGUAUCUAUACCUGCGAGAAACUCGAGCCCCUUCCAAACCACGCAUGCAACAACAACCGCCUCGCUUCCGUUGACUGGCUGUUCGUAAUCGAGCCCCUUCCAAACCACGCAUGCAACAACAACCGCCUCGCUUCAGUUGACUGGCUGUUCGUAAGUGGUUUUCCUGCGGGCACAGGACUCCUCUCCCACAUUCUGGAUGAAGGAAGUUCCUCCUACUUCACCAACCUAACUUCACUUCACAUCAACAAUGUCGACAUCGAAGAUGGGAUGUGGUCGUUUCCCUCCACUCUGGUCAAACUAGACAUCGAUAGAUUCCCAAAUCUGGAGAAGCUAUCUUUCAAGGACUUUGAAAACCUCGUCUCUCUUGAAAAACUUCAUAUCGGUUUUUGCCCCAAGCUCACGUCCAUUUCAGAGCUAAGACUGCCUCCCUCACUUUCGGAAUUGCGGAUCUUUGACUGCCCCAACCUCGCAUCGUUUCCGGAGCAAGGGCUGCCUCCCUCGCUUUCAGAUUUGUAUAUCUCUCGCUGCCCCAAGCUUGCAUCGUUUCCGGAGCAAGGGCUAGCUGCCUCCUUCACUUUCGGAUUUGUUUAUCUCUGGCUGCCCCAAGCUUGCAUUGUUUCCGGAGCAAGGGCUGCCUCCCUCGCUUUCGGAUUUGCAUAUCUCUGGUUGCCCCAAGCUCGCAUCAUUUCCAGAGCAAGGGCUGCCUCCCACGCUUUCGGAUUUGUGGAUCUCUGA